AUAUUACCUUUGCUCUCUCACUGUGAUCGAAAGCACUCUUAGCUUUCAGGUGGACCCCACUGGCUACCUUGGUGCGGCGUUUUCAACAGCACAGAAUCACCCUUUACACAAUCAAAAGAAGAUGCUGUUUAAUCUAAGGACCCUGUUGAACAAUGCAGCUCUUAGACAUGGUCACAAUUUCGUGGUUCGAAAUUUUCGAUGUGGGCAACCACUGCAGGAUAAAGUACAGCUGAAGGGCCGUGACCUCCUCACUCUAAAGAACUUUACAGGAGAAGAAAUUAAGUAUAUGCUAUGGCUAUCAGCAGAUCUGAAAUUCAGGAUAAAACAGAAAGGAGAGUAUUUGCCUUUACUGCAAGGGAAGUCCUUAGGCAUGAUUUUUGAAAAAAGAAGUACUCGAACAAGAUUGUCAACAGAAACAGGCUUUGCACUUCUGGGAGGACACCCUUGUUUUCUUACCACGGAUGAUAUUCAUUUGGGUGUGAAUGAAAGUCUCACAGACACAGCCCGUGUGUUGUCUAGCAUGACAGAUGCCGUGCUGGCGCGAGUGUACAAACAAUCAGAUCUGGACAUCCUGGCUAAAGAAGCAUCCAUUCCAAUUGUCAAUGGGUUGUCGGAUUUGUACCAUCCUAUCCAGAUCCUGGCUGAUUACCUCACGCUCCAGGAACACUAUGGCUCUCUGAAAGGCCUUACCCUCAGCUGGAUUGGGGAUGGGAAUAACAUCCUGCACUCCAUCAUGAUGAGUGCGGCGAAAUUCGGGAUGCACCUUCAGGUGGCUACCCCAAAGGGUUAUGAGCCGGAUCUCAGUAUAACCAAGUUGGCGGAGCAGUAUGCCAAGGAGAACGGUACCAAGCUGUCGCUGACAAAUGAUCCAUUGGAAGCAGCUUGUGGAGGCAAUGUAUUAAUUACAGACACUUGGAUAAGCAUGGGACAAGAAGAGGAGAAGAAAAAGCGGCUCCAGGCUUUCCAAGGUUACCAGGUUACAAUGAAGACUGCUAAAGUUGCUGCCCCUGACUGGACAUUUUUACACUGCUUGCCCAGAAAGCCAGAAGAAGUGGAUGAUGAAGUGUUUUAUUCUCCACGAUCUCUUGUAUUCCCAGAGGCCGAAAACAGAAAGUGGACAAUCAUGGCUGUCAUGGUGUCCCUGCUGACAGAUUAUUCGCCUCAGCUCCAGAAGCCAAAGUUUUGAUGUGCUGAUGCUUCUCAAGAGAGAAACCAUGUUCUUCAGGAACAGAAUAAGUCAGUUUAUGAGGAAAGGAGAAGAGAACAAAUCACAGAAAUAAACAAAUUCUAACACAUGCUAUAGGUGAAUGGUAUGAUAUUGCUUUGCCACCGUGAAACCUUCCUGAUGCACUGGAACAUGUGGCUUAACUUGGUUUAAACUUUCUAAUUCACAAUUUCUGAGCUACAUUUGGGUAUGAUAUUAAUAAUCAUAUACAUUUGCUUCAACUAAACAUAAAAUACUGCGUUCAUAACACAUAAUGCCUAUGCCAUUAAAAGUAAUCUAUGCUUAUUGCUCUAAUAAAUUAUCACCCACGCUAAUUUAUAAGUAAACAUUUACCAGGAAGUCAGCUGCUGGCAGACCUGUGGGCUGUGCUCAUAUCCCCUAGGACCAACAAGGAAGCCAAAUGAUCCAUCUUGCUGAUGUAACACAAUUUGCAGGCAAAUGGGGUAGACAGACAUUCACUUAUGGAGGUAAAAUGAUGAAAUUCUUAGAAAAACAGCUAUAAUUGUGUCCAAACUCUGGAGUUUUUUCUAGUCAUUUGUGGAAGGAGGGUCCUUCGAGAGCACAUAUCUCUCUUCUGUAAUGAAUACUUAAUACUACAAGCCUAAAGAAGCCUGUGUGAACAAGUGGUAAAACCACAGAUACCUAAGUAGGAAUAUAAUGUCCAUUAGUGACAUUUUCAUAGGUUCAAAUUCUCCAGCAGGAGCAAUUUAAUUUUUUUUCAUGUUUGUGCUUGUCAUGAAGCUCAUCAUACCAUGCACUGGAUAUUUCCAUAAAUCUACUGCUUGCCACAUUUUAGUCUAUAUUUUCCUCUAAUUUUUCUUCAAGCUAAGAACAAUUUGCACCACUGGAUUAUUAUGUAAUUAGAGCUAGAUGUCUCUUGUGGGUGAACAAAACAUGUAGUAUUGAAUUAUUAUG